UGGCAGGAACAGAGAUGUAAUUGAGAGCCCUCGGUCCCGAGAUGAGGCAAGAUCUGCUCGGGGAUUGCUCACUGUUCUCCCAGAAAGAGGAGGAACUGGGCCCAUUCAAGAGAGAGUCUGCACCUGGAAGUCGGUGCCCAGGAGGUCACCCCUGAAGGACCUGCAGAGGAGUCUGUGUCCUGUGGCCUAGGAGGCUGCAUUGCGGGAUCGASAUGACCACAGCCACCACUCUGGGCGAUGCCACCUUCUUCUUGAACAUGACCACCAGGGGAGAAGACUUCCUGUACAAGAGUUCUGGAGCCAUCGUCGCCGCCAUUGUGGUGGUUGUCAUCGUCAUCUUCACCGUGGUUCUGAUCCUGCUGAAGAUGUACAACAGGAAGAUGAGGAUCAGGCGGGAGCUGGAGCCCAAGAGCCCCAAGCCGGCUGCCCCUUCUGCCCUGGACCCAAACAGCAACAGCAGCCAGCAGCCCACAGCGGUGACCUUCGGCCCGGCUGAUGUCCACGUGGAGACCCGGUGACCCGGCCCUGCGCUGUCUCUGCCCCUGCCCAGGGAGCUCUCUGCAGAGUGGAGACCCAGCAGCGCACUUCUCCAGCGGCUUUGCCACGAGUCCCUCGGGUCGGGUGGACAGAGGCAUCUUCCACGCAUCCCUGCGGCUUCAGGGGGUCCUUAACCUCAUUCUGGCCUGACCCAGCCCACCCGCACCCACGUCCCCGCUGCCACUCUCCCAAAAGCUGUGCAACGUUUUUGUGUCAUCUGAUGAGGUGGCGCUACACUGAGGACCCAUGGAUGGGGGUUUGGCCUUCUGCCCACAAACACAUUAGCUAGACAGACAGACAGACAGGCAGACAUGUAGUCCUGACUCUUCUGGUCAGGAGUCAUGGGUCAAGGAGUGCUUCUGAGAGUGUCCCGGAGUCUUCUCAGAUGAAGUGCCCUGGGCACAGCUUUGCAGAGCAAAACACUGAAUCCCCUCAUCAGGCACAGGGGGACUAACCUGGACUAACUAACCAGAAAACCAACUUGUUAAUUUAUAACCUGUUCCAGGACUGGGUGACCGCUAGCUUGCUAGCUCAUGACGAUUGGUCAGCACAUUUCCCCCCUUUAAAGUUAAAAAAGAAAACAGAAUUCUUCUCAAAAGUUUCUGCUUUGUUAUUAAAGCGUCAGCAGAAGGAGUAGGGUGACCUCGAGGAAUAGCAGAGGUAAACGUUG